AUGUCGACCAAUUCGCCAGCUCGAGAGCAACGGGCCCCGGAUGCAACCAAUCGUGUUGACGCAAACGAAUAUAAGAACAUGUUAGAGACUGAGAUUCAGGAACCAAACGUAGCAACUUAUUCAUUUGAUCCAGAUGCAACCCCCCAAGAAAAAGCAGCCCAGGCUCGUGCACGUGUGCCAGCCGGAUUUCAUCAUCAGCAAAAGUCUCUCGCCACUCCUAUCGUUACUGAUAUAGACGAUGGAACACUGACACGCGAUCUCUCUCCACAAAUCAUAGCUAAUACCUCAAACACAUCUGACCCAACAAAAAAUAAAGAGGCAAAUCACACACAUGCCAAAGUCUCGGGACCCCAAGAUGAUAUUGAUGAAGAAGAUAAAAGGUGGAUUGAAAGGGCUGGCUGGGCACCUAGAUUUGGAAAUCCUUGCAAAGUAGAAACCGAAGAACAAACUCCCACUGAUCAUCAAACGUGGGUUGAGGGUCAUCUUGAUGACAAGUUUUUUGGAGACUGGUAUCACAAUACGGCCGUAAUAAUAUUUUCCUGUCUUGCUUCAUGGCUAGUCGCCACUCUAGGUGGCGGACUUGCCUGGAUUUUUCUAAUAAUCGCUACUUGUGGCACAUAUUAUAGAACCUCUCUCCGCAGGGUGCGAAGAAAUUUUAGGGAUGAUAUUUGUCGAGAACUUGCGAUCAACCGACUAGACACAGACACAGAGAGUCUUGAGUGGAUUAAUAGUUUCUUGGUCAAAUUCUGGCCCAUAUUCCAACCUGUAUUCGCCGAAUCCGUAAUCAACUCUGUUGAUCAGGUCUUAAGUACGUCCACUCCUUCGUUUUUGGAUAGCCUUCGCAUGAAGACCUUUACACUUGGUAGCAAACCUCCUCGCAUGGAGCAUGUAAAAACCUAUCCAAAAGCGGAAGAUGACAUUAUCUUAAUGGAUUGGAAGUUCAGUUUUAAUCCGAUGGAUAAAGCUGACAUGACUUCUCGCCAAAUUAAAAACCAAGUUAAUCCAAAGGUAGUCCUGGAGAUUAGGAUUGGAAAAGCUAUGAUCAGUAAAGGGCUGGACGUCAUCGUCGAGGACAUGGCUUUUUCUGGUCUCAUGCGCAUCAAGAUAAAGCUUCAAAUACCAUUUCCUCACGUUGACAGAAUUGAAUUCUCUUUACUAGAAAAACCUCAUAUCGACUAUGUGUGUAAGCCUCUUGGAGGAGAAACUCUGGGCUUUGAUAUCAAUUUUAUUCCUGGUCUUGAGUCAUUUAUUUUGGAUCAAAUUCAUGCUAAUAUUGGUCCAAUGAUGUAUUCACCAAAUGUAUUUCCGAUUGAAGUUGCUCAAAUGAUGAAUAAUUCGGCCAUCGAUCAAGCUCUAGGUGUUCUAGCUAUAACCCUGCAUGGAGCACAAGGACUCAAAAAUCCGGACAAAUUUGCAGGAACCCCCGACCCAUAUGUUUUGAUUUCGAUAAACGGCGGAAUUACCCUAGCACAGACUAAAACAGUGAAAGAAAAUGCAAAUCCCAAAUGGAACGAAACUAAAUAUGUCAUCAUUACAACCUUUACUGACACUCUCACUUUGGAGCCAUACGAUUACAACGAAUUCCGUAAGGACAAAAAGCUUGGCACCGCCACAUUCCCUCUCGAAAAGAUAAAAGAUAUAUUCGAAUAUCCUAACGAACAUUUAGAGGUGGUGGCGAAUGGCAAAUCUUGCGGCAUCAUAAUGACUGAUAUUAAAUUUUUCCCUGUUCUGAAAGGUCUAGAGCAGCCUGAUGGAACUUAUGGCCCUCCUCCGGAAUCUAAUACAGGAAUUGCAAAGAUAACUGUUGAACAAGCCAAAGAUCUUGAUGGAACUAAAAGUUUGAUCGGACAACUUAAUCCAUAUGCAGUCCUACUUUUAAACGAUAAUGAAAUCCAUGUCACUCGCAAGCUUAAGCGGACCAACAAUCCCAUUUGGGAAAAUGGCUCUAAAGAUAUCCUAAUAACAGAUCGGAAAUCAGCAAAAAUUGGACUCAUCAUAAAAGACGAUAGGGAACUUUCUACAGAUCCUGUUUUAGGCACUUUUAAUGUAAAACUCGAUGAUAUAUUGCAAUUCAUGGAGAAAGGACAAGAGUGGUUCAAUCUAAUGGGGGUGAAGACAGGCAGAGCCAAACUAACGCUUCAAUGGAAACCUGUGGCGCUGACAGGGGCUGAAUUAGGGACAGGAGGGUAUGUUACUCCCGUGGGUGUUAUGAGAUUUCAUUUCAGAAGCGCAAGGAAGCUUCGAAACUUAGAAACUCUCGGCAAGUCAGAUCCAUAUGUUAGAGUCCUUCUUUCAGGAAUACAAAAAGGCCGAACUGUCACGUUUAAGAAUAAUCUUAAUCCUGACUGGGAUGAGAUCAUCUAUAUUCCCGUUCAUAAAACAAGUGAAAAAAUAACACUUGAGGUUAUGGACGAAGAGUCGAUUGGCCAUGAUCGAUCCUUAGGGAUGGUAGAAAUCUUGGCUUCAGAAUAUAUGGUGCAAGAUCAAAGUGGAGAGUUUCUUGCUCGACUUCCUACAGCCCGUGUUGGAGAAUUAUGUAUGCACGGCAAAGGUUCGCCACGAGGCUUUUUAAACUAUACAGUAGCCUUCUACCCUUGCUUAAAUGUAGCUGAUUUAGAUGAACCAGAGGAUAAGCCUUCGAGAAAAAACUCAUUGACUAACAAUGACGAAACAAUAGAGAAGGCUUCUGUUGUUAGAGAUGAACCUUUGUGUUCUCCGCUAGAUGAAGAAAUCAUUAACGGCCAUCAUCCUCCUACGCUCGUUACCAACGAAAAAAAUCAACUACAAACAAGAGAAAAUGUUGCUCCUGUAUUCAGGCUUACGAGAGAAGAACUGUUAAAAUACGAGUCUGGGCUGGUAGUAUUUAAAUUUCUUGAAGUCGAAGUUCAGAAGACAAACGUUCACCUAGAGGUUCUUAUGGAUGAUAUGUCAUUCCCGUCAUACUCCUCAUCAUUAAUAAGAUCCAGGAAAGCGCAAUUGAGCGAGACUGGAGACUGUUUUGUCCGAGAGCUUGACUUUUCAAAAAUAACUCUUCGAAUCCGGGAAAAAGGGAAAAACCAAGGCGAUGAAAAAAAGGGUAAUGACCAAACGUUAGCUAAGCUCACUGGAAAAUCUCGAGAAACACUACAGCAAUGUCUUAAUAAUCCUACUACAUUAAGUCUCAAGAGCGAGGAUGGCAGUAUAUAUAACGUCUCAGUCGUUCUGAAAUUUAUUCCUGUCAAGAUGGAUCUCGACCCAUGUGAAAGUAUCAAUAAUAUGGGAAAACUCCGUGUUGAUAUUCUAGACGCUCUUGAACUUCCUUCUGCAGACAGAAACGGAUUCAGUGAUCCCUACUGCAAAUUUGAGCUAAAUGGCAAGGAUGUACAUAAAACUAAAGUCCAAAAAAAGACAUUACAUCCUGUCUGGAAUGAAUAUUUCGAGGUUGAUAUUGCAUCAAGAACUGCGGCACAAUUCAAAUGUACUGUAUUCGACUGGGAUUUGGGGGACAAAGCAGAUCUCCUAGGAUUAACGACGAUUAAUCUAGCCUCCCUUGAGCCCUUGAAGGUUCAGGAGUGUAAUUUGGAGCUCGAUGGAAAAUCCGGCUCGAUUCGAUUGCGUCUCUUAUUUACGCCAGGAUAUGUAAUCCGUACACGUCAAGGGUCCUCAAGUAUAUCUGGAACAUUCGCGGCACCAGGUAGAAUUGUCACAGGUGUUGCUGGAGCACCAAUAAAAGGCGUAGGUUUUGCAGCACAUGGUGUUGGAAAGGGGGCAAGUUUUAUACGCAAUGGAUUUAAAGCGAAGAAGAAAACUGACGAUGAAAUAAACAUUGCCGACCAGAGUGGAGUUGAGCCAGGAGAUAAUACUCCAACCAUUAAUAUUAAUCCUAACGGAUCAAGGAGAAUAAGUGGUCAGAAUGAUGGACCACCAAUUUCUUUUAAUUCCUCGAUACACGGUCGGACCAAAAGUUUUGCUGGCUCAUCAAUCCAUAGCACUAGCCAAAGUGGGUUUGGUACCAACGUUGGCACUGCAACAUUUACUAUCCUUUCAGCUAGUGGCUAUCCACCAUCAACAAAUCUGAUUAUACAUUUUAAAAUGCUUGGCCCGAGAACAAAAACUCUUCAUAGGACAGAGCACAUAAAAUCGCCUACAGGAGAAGUUUCUUUUGAUGAUAAAAAAGAAACUUUCAAGUGCAUCUGCUCUGCGGAUACCCGAUUCCAAAUUGUAGUGAAAGAUCACAAGACAUUCGGGAGCGAUGAUGAUCUAGGUGAAUGUCUAUUUUUCGUUGACGAAUCUGGCACCGGGGCAGAAAAACAAGUCAAAGUUGGAAGUGGUAUUGUGGUUAUCAAAAGUAAUUUUAACCUAGAAUCGGAGUCACUCGAAACCCACCCACGGUCUGCUAGUGGCGGAUUCAGGAGGAGCCUUUUGGGAAAAUUAGAUAAUGGUAGAGGUAGUCGAGAUACUCCUUCACCUACAUUACCCUUGCCGACUUGA